GUUACAAUCGCGUUCGGAGUCACACGUCGCGCGACGCUUGUCAUUUUCGCCACGAUCGUGACUAGAAACAAUGUAAACCCGCUUUAAAAGUACCCCGUUCUAUCCUUACUUGUACAAAAACAGCGUAAAAGUCGAAUUGUCAUCUAUAAAUUCAUCAGUAGUAGUGCGUUGGACUAUAAUUUUUAUGGUCCAAACUUGUGUUGCAAUUUUUGUUGUUGGUUUAAAAGUUUCGUACUCAUUGUUCACUAUCGCUCGGAAAACCUGGUUCAGUGUUGUAAACGGUGUCUUUUUGUUGGUUUGUGUCAAAUUGGAUUCUAGUUCGGCAUUGAACUUGUUUAUUUUUGGAGUUCGCUCGCAGUUUGGAAGGCGCGCGAGUUUAGCAGUUUGGAGCGAAGCUGGCGCCGUGAGCCAUGGACUCAGAGAGCCGAAGCGAGUCGGCUCUGAAUAGUCCGACAGAGCCGGAUGUCUCGUUGGCGGCAUCCCUCACCGACCCUCUUGAAGCCCACACCUUAGAUGAAGCUAGGAGGACUAUAAGAGACCUCCGUAUGAAGUACCGAGCGCAAGCGCAUCAACUGUUGACAUGGCGACGCGCUCACCGCACCCAAGAAGAGCUCGUGUCCCGUCUACAACGGGAAAAAGCUGAGCAACUGAAGUCACUCUCCAGCCAGCUUUUGCUCUUCGAGUCAAGACUCGUACGCAAGCAGAAAGAAAUCACCAACAUGCUUGCCCUUAGGGAAACUAUCAUCAUGAAACAGCAGAAGGUUAUAGAGUCCCUGCAAGCCAAGUUACUCGACAACGGCAUAGACACUUCUCAAACCAUACCAGAUUUCAGAGAUAUGCUUCAAGACACACACAUCACUGGAGACUUCGAUUCUCUGAAUGACUCUGACUCAGCUGUGAUAAUGGAAGAUGUGGAUUCAGAUUGCAGUAACCUCCCACAUAUACCUAGAUUCAGGUCAGCGAACCCUGACAGUGUGACUAUAGUUAGAUCCAUUUCAGAUGCUAUAGACCCUAAUUUAAAAUAUAACGUUGUUAGGCGGCCUAACGGUUUUCUGCGACGACCAGAGAUAUUGGAAACUGUUUACAGCGUUGAAGAGGAAGCUGAUGGUGAUUCUACAAAAGGAUUAAGUGCUCAAAGUAGCACUGAGAAGGAUUUCAAGGACGCCAAUAAAACUGAUGAAGAAAAAUUCAAAGAAACCAGUAUCCACGCGCAGAGUCGACGGGAUAACUUCAGGAUGAGGAGCGUGGUGUUGACAGCUGAAGUUAAAAGCAUAGAUGGAGAAAAAGAUCUCAAACCUAAAGCCACUAAAAAUGUGUGGUCAUAUAGUUAUGUGCCAAAAAGAAUGACUCCCGCCAACGAUUCUGACGAAGAAGCCACUUCUAACCCUGACAGCGACGAAGCUGAACAGGAGCCUAGGUCGAAUCACGUCGUGACAUACAAUAGGGUGAUGUCAAAUCACAGGAACGUGACUAAACCUAAGGAUGUGAAGUAUAAGAGAAUAAAUAAGGCGAAGUCGAAAAGUUUGGAGGAACUGCGGGGAAGAUUAAAGAAUUGGGUGGAGAAGGGCAAUAAAUUGUCAAAUAUACCGCUCGAACACGCGCAGAGUUAUGCCUGAACAACUUUAUUGAAGUUCCUUUAAUUAAGUUCACGUGUGAAAUGCUCUGGAAGUUUUGAGAUGGAUCGAGUCAAAUAUGAAUCUUAAUUACUUGAGUGUGUAGUACUUUCAAAUUCCACUUUUAACGUAUAUUACUUUCAAUUUUUUCGAAUAACAUCACAAAUUCUAAUGCAAUCACACGCAAGUUAACGUACCUUUUUAAAAUUAGGUAGUCAAAUUAACAGCUUUAUAUUGAUGGAGGCAAAUGUGUAGUUAUCUAUUCUUGAUACUGAUCUAUUGUAAAUAGUUAUUUCUAUAUAUUGUUACGAUUUGUGCAAGUUAAUAAUUGUAAGAUUGGUAGGAGUAAUUUCAUUGUUUGUUUUUUUAGCUUCCUUUUUGAUUUCUUCAGUUUAAUUCAAAAUGAGAUUGGAAAAUUCUAUGAGGCUACUUGACUGUUGCUGAAUUUUUCUAUGAACGUUAGUAAUUUCAGUAAUUUACUAAAACUCCGGAAAUAUUAACUUUUAUAUUAAAAUCAUUUCGUUAUCUUUUAAUAUUAAAAUAAAAUUUUGGUUAUCUAUUCACGUUUGCAAGAGACAGAUAAUAAAAAAACGUCUUUCGGUUUUUCGCGGGGAAUUUGUAUACAUGUUUGGUUAGGUAGUAUUUUGAUUUAUCUGUCUGGAUUUUAUUAAGUGUUUUCUAGAACUAUUGUUUUUCUAACGGGGCUGACGUGA